GGACCCCUUCAUGACGAGUACUCAUUGACUGAUAAUAUGUGGGGCGAGGGGUCUGUCCCUCAGAUCCAAGUCUUACCGUUAGUUGAUUUGGUCAUAACCCACGGCGGGAACAAUACUGUCACCGAAACCUUUUAUUUCGGAAUCGGUGAGUCGUUGGUGAGGGCCGGGCAUCGGGUUAUGUUCCUAAUCAACGAGCAAUGGAGGGGUCGGCUCACAAAAUACGGCAUCGAAGAGGUUUUGUAUGAGAGUUGGACCGAAAACAAAGAAUCCGACAAAAAUAUGGCACUUAAAGCGGCGAUGAGUGCCAAACGGAUUGGCCUAAUGACCGAUCGCUCACCGCUGGAGAAGAUGGUCGCCUAUUGGGGCCAACUAUUUCCCGAUAUGACACAAAAAUGGCCAAAAACUGAUAAAAUGAUUGAGAGAUAUAUUGAUAAAUUAUGUCCAGAUCUAAUCAUAAUUGAUCACGUUGUAUAUCACACCAGUGUUGUCAAAUCUGGAAUACCAUGGGUUUGGGUCUGUAGUUGUAAUCCAUUACUAUUAAUCGAUGAUAAUCGGACGCCCCCUCACGGCUCAGGUUUGUAA